UUUUUUCAUUUGGGUUUCAGUGUUUCUUAAUAGAUCAUUUAUCUGGGGUAGGAGUCUCCAUUUCAUAUUUAAUUGUCUUGUGGGUUGAAUUGAGGAAGUCUUCUGCCCUAAUUAUCUUAAUCUUAUCUAAUCAAAUCUUGAUGCAGUUUUCUGCCUAAUGUGUGAGAUUUAUGUGUUUAUAAUUACAAGGCUUUACUACAUGAGAUACUUCUUUCCUCAUCUUUACAACCCUUCCCUCUGAAGGUUUAUUUAUAUCACAUUCAGGGAUUUUAUUUCUCAAAUUUUUGUUUCACUGCCUCUUUAAAUCAUAGUACUUCAGAAUAAAGAGAACUUCCCAUCUUACUAGUUUGGGGAAACUGGGAAGGAAACAAAGAAAGGAAGAAUUUUCUCCAAUGUCAUGGUUGUCGACAGCAGAGCAUGGGUAGGACUGACUUGAACACCAGCCUUCUAAGUGUCUUUACAAGCUAAGUGCCUUUCUAGAUCUAUUUUAAAAGGAUGGGCAAAGUUUGAGGUCUGCAGUGUCCGCUAUUAAGAAUGUAUUUAAUAAUGUGAGAAAUCUUUCUCUCUCAUGCAUAGUAGCAAAUUACUCUUGUGAAAAUUGUACAUUGAGAAAAUUUUUGAAACCCAUGCUCACAUUCUGUACUUAACACUUUAUUUUUCAAAUUUUCUAUUUAUAGAUAUAGAAUAUUUUCAUUUUCUUCAAUGUCCUAUGAACAUAUCACUAAGUAAAAUUAUUUCCUCUCACUUAAUGCACUCUCUGAAAUGUUCUUUUUUUGGUAGUCAUGAGGUUGCUCUUUUUCUGCUACCAUCUAAAGGUGAUAACAUUAAAUAUCUGCCUCAAUAUAGAAAGUCCACUGGCUGUUCACUGUUAAGUUAUGGAUAUGUUUUUCUCUGUGGGUGAUGAACUAAAGCCCUUUCCUCUGCAGUCACUAUAUGGAUUCCCCCCCAAGAGUCUGUCACUGUAUAAUGUCUAACUCCAAUUUAGACAUGUUAAUAAGAAAAUAUAAAUAAUGCAUAGCUAACCCAACUCAAGCGCUCAGUCUAAUAUAGUAUAGCUGCAAUAUUUCUAGUGUGGAAAACUUUCUCAAAGAUCUCACAACCAACAAAGUGGGCCCUUAAUUCUUUCUGCAUAUGACAACUAAUACAAUUUAAAUGAAUUAGUAGGCCUUUUUGCAAAGGUGCAUUGAGAGCUAGACUUCUCUUGUUUCCUUGGCAUUCUUAUAUACAAAUGGGCAUGUUGUCAUAAAUAUAUCCUAACAGAAAGAUGAAAUCUUAAACCUACAAAAGUAAGAAUUACAAGGUUCUAAUUUAAUGGACUCAAUAUAGGUAAGAAGCAAAUAAGGGACAAAAGUUCAAUGGCAUAUUAAAUAAAACUUUUCUAAAGAAGUCAAAAGAAUCUAAUAAUUGAUCUCAGGGGUUUGUGGAAGUCUUGCUAUUUCAGAAUGAAAUCUUAAUUAAAUGUAAACAAUGCCACACAGUAAUACAUGAAGGUUAUGGCUAAAUUAUUAGAAAGAAAAUAUAAUUAAACACUUACGAAAUAAAAACAGAAUUGGUGUAGUAACUGGAUAGGACUCUGAGCGUCGCUGUUCACCAAAGUGGGGAAGACGCUGCUGAUGCAACCCGACGCUGCUCCUUCCGCACUAAACACAGCACAGACCAGACAAGUUCCAGGGAGAAGCCUUCUACCCGCGUCCCUCUCCCGUGUCCAACAAGGAAUAUGUACCCUUUAACUUUAAAGAAAUAAGGAAACAGCAGGCUGGAACCAGGACUAAGAGAAAGCUGGUCAGAGAGAAGGCAAUGGCGGAUCCAUUGAGGGGCUGGGGCCGCAGGGAGCUGCUCCUGCUCUUUCUGUUCUUGGGGACGCAGCCGGGAGCCAGGGCCGGGCAGAUCCGCUACUCAGUGAGGGAGGAACUGGACAAAGGCUCCUACGUGGGCAACAUCUCCAAGGAUCUCGGGCUGGAGCCUCAGGAACUGGCGGAGCGCGGAGUCCGGAUCAUCUCGAGAGGUAGGACGCAGCUUUUUGCUCUAAACCUGGGAAGUGGCACCUUGGUCACUGCGGGCAGGAUAGACCGGGAGGAGCUCUGCUCUCAGACCGCGCGGUGUUUGGUGAGUUUUAACAUCUUGGUUGAGAAUAAAAUGAAAAUCUAUGGAGUGGAAGUAGAAAUCAUCGAUAUUAAUGAUAACUUCCCACGUUUCCGGGAUGAGGAAGUAAAAGUAAAAGUUAAUGAAAAUGCAGCUACAGGGACUCGGUUAGUGCUUCCCUUCGCUAGAGAUGCGGAUGUGGGUGUGAACUCCCUCCAGAGUUACCAGCUCAGCUCCAAUAUACACUUCUCUCUGGAUGAGAAAAGUGGAAGUGAUGGACAGAAAUAUCCAGAGCUGGUACUGGAACAGCCCUUGGAUCGAGAGAAAGUGGCUGUUCACAACCUCCUCCUCACAGCUCUAGAUGGCGGAGACCCCGUACUCUCUAGCACUACGCACAUCUGUGUGAUGGUCCUCGAUGCAAACGAUAACGCGCCCCAAUUCACUCGAUCAGAGUACAGAGUGAGUGUUCUGGAGAACGUACCUGUGGGCACUCGGCUGCUCACAAUAACCGCCACGGAUCCAGAUGAGGGAAUAAAUGGAAAAUUGACCUACUCUUUUCGCAAUGAAGAAGACAAAAUUUCACAGACUUUCCAUCUUGAUUCCAUCCUGGGUGAAAUUUCAACAGUGCAAUCACUGGAUUAUGAGGAAUCCAGAUUCUACCUCAUGGAAGUGGUAGCUCAGGAUGGAGGUGCUCUUCUUGCCAGUGCUAAGGUGGUGGUCACAGUACAGGAUGUGAAUGACAAUGUCCCGGAAAUGAUCCUCACUUCUCUCACCAGUUCAGUCUCUGAAGAUUGUCUUCCUGGAACUGUAAUUGCUCUGUUUAGCGUACAUGAUGGUGAUUCUGGAGAGAAUGGAGAGAUUGCAUGUUCUAUCUCCAGGAACUUGCCCUUUAAAUUGGAAAAGUCAGUAGAUAAUUACUAUCACUUACUGACGACGAGAGCUCUGGACAGAGAAGAGAUCUCAGAUUAUAACAUCACAAUAACUGUCAUUGACCGAGGAAAUCCACCCCUGUCUACAGAAAACCACAUCUCCCUGAAAGUGGCAGACAUCAAUGACAAUCCUCCCAUCUUCCCUCAUACCUCAUAUUCCACCUACAUCCCAGAAAACAAUCCCAGAGGCAUCUCAAUCUUCUCUGUGAAUGCCCAUGACCCUGACAGUGGCCACAAUGCCCAGGUCACUUAUUCUCUGGCAAAGGACAUGUUUCAGGGAAUACCUCUCUCCUCCUAUGUCUCCAUAAACUCUGACACUGGAGUUCUGUUUGCACUGGGCUCUUUUGACUAUGAGCAAGUUAGAGACCUGCAGCUGUGGGUGACAGCCAGAGACAGUGGAGAUCCUCCACUUAGCAGUAAUGUGUCACUGAGCCUGUUCAUCUUGGACCAGAAUGACAAUACUCCUGAAAUCCUGUACCCUACACUACCCACUGAUGGUUCCACUGGUGUAGAACUGGCACCCCGCUCUGCAGAACCUGGCUACCUGGUGACCAAGGUCGUGGCAGUGGACAGAGACUCAGGCCAGAAUGCCUGGCUGUCCUACCGCCUGCUCAAGGCCAGUGAACCAGGGCUCUUUGUGGUGGGGCUGCACACAGGUGAGGUGCGCACUGCGCGCACCCUGCUGGACAGAGAUGCACUCAAGCAGAGCCUGGUGGUGGCUGUUCAGGACCACGGCCAGCCCCCUCUCUCAGCCACUGUCACGCUCACGGUGGCUGUAGCUGACAGCAUCCCAGACGUUCUGGAAGAGCUGGGCAGCCUGGAGCCCUCCGCCAAUCCUGAUGACUCCAGCCUCACACUGUACCUAGUGGUGGCAGUGACUGUAGUCUCCUGCGUCUUCCUCGCCUUUGUCAUUGUGCUGCUGGCACUCAGGCUGAGGCGCUGGCAUAAGUCACAUCUGCUCCAGGCUUCAGGAGGGGGGUUGGUGGGUGUUCCCGCCUCACACUUUGUGGGUGUGGACGGGGUGCGGGCGUUCCUGCAGACCUAUUCCCAUGAGGUCUCCCUCACUGCGGACUCGCGGAAGAGUCACCUGAUCUUCCCGCAGCCCAACUAUGCUGACACGCUCAUCAGCCAGGAGAGCUGUGAGAAAAGCGAGCCUCUUUUGAUAUCUGAGAAGAAAAAUGCAAACGAAGAACUAGACGUUGUUCAGGUGAGUUUCUUUUUUCAAUAGGAAUGCUUUGAGCAUUGUGCUUAUUUGUUUUCUCAAUUAUUUUUCUUUCACAUUCAAUUUAAUUAUAUAAAUCAUAAAUCAUUAUUUGCUUCAUUUAGAGGCUAGUUUAAUUUGAGAACUCAUACAUUCUCCAUUUAUUUUCUAAUUAUAUUUUGGAUAUAGUGUCUUAUUGUUUCAAUAUGUGGAGAUUUUAGAAAAUCUAGCUGAUGUCUAUAGACUUAAAUGAAAUAAGUACUUUAUUAUUUUUUAAACAAGAACUUUAAAAGUAGUAAAACAUAAUCACUUUGCCCAAACACUUUCUUACACUCAAAACAGUUAUUAUCUUAACAUUUGAGUUGUUUGAUUAUUCUAAAUUGUUAGAUAUAAUGUUUUAUUUUGAAUAUUUGCCUAAACAUGAACACCAGAUAUGUUUUAGGAAGUAUAUCUGCUGCUUGCAUAAGGAAAUAAUUUACGUACUUAGAUAAAUCACUGGAAGAAUACAGAAAAGUUUUGCAUGAAGAAUAUCAGAAAAAUAGAUUAAAUUUAUAUUGAUGAUAAUGUCUGUGGCAUUCUGAUAUCUGGAAAGUUUGGAUUAAGCCUUGAAAUUAUUAGAAUGUGUAUUAGUUGAGAGAAGAAAUCAGUGAGGAGCCUUAGAAUUGUGCUUUAUUCUGUAGUGCAGUUUAAAACCUCAGAAGAUUUAGAUACUGCUGCACUCAUUGAAUUCAAAUAUGCCACACACCUGGCACCUUCUGGUUACAGGUAACCCUUUCACUUUUCAGAAUCAACAGAUACCUGAAUGUUUGUAUACAAUUCUGCUGUAUUUAAAAAGUCUAAGAUUUGUGUUUGGAAAAUUAAUUAAACUUUAAAAUGGUUUCAAAUUUUAGUCCUGGCUGGUGUGGUUCAGUGAGUUGAGUGCCG